CCAUGUUAUCCCGUUCCCGGUGUGCUUCCCGGACCCUCGGCCGCUCGGUGUGCCAGCUGCUCCGCCAGGGCAAUAACAACGUUCUGGUCCGACAGAGUUCAUCCGGCCUCUCUGUCUGCAGUCGGAGGGUUUACAGGAAUACCCCGUCCUCAUGUCCGUCUUCGUCAGCCGGUGUCCUUCCACACAAGAUACUUCCAGACGUCAGCCAAUCACAGGGAUGAGCUUCUCACCGUGAAGACCCCUGCCUUCGCUGAAUCUGUCACAGAAGGGGACGUCAGGUGGGAGAAAGCCGUCGGCGACACUGUAGCUGAGGAUGAGGUGGUGUGUGAAAUCGAGACUGACAAGACCUCGGUGCCGGUCCCCUCCCCUGCUGCUGGAGUUCUGGAGGAGCUGCUGGUGGAGGAUGGAGGGCGGGUAGAGGGGGGGAUGGCUCUCUUCAAAAUCCGCAAGGGAGCAGGUGGAGCAGCCAAAGCAGCCCCUGCAGCAGCAGUGGAGCAGGCUGCACCACCACCACCACCACCUGCAGCCCCCACCCCCACCGCCAUGCCCCUCCCCCCAGUGCCAACUACGCCCGUCCGAGCCACACCCGUCUCAGCCGUUAAGCCAUCAGCUGCUGCAGCCGCUGCCCAGGCAGACAUCCCAGCGCCAGGGUCCAGGACGGAGAGCAGGGUGAAGAUGAACCGAAUGAGGCUGAGGAUCGCCCAGAGGCUGAAGGAGGCCCAGAACACAUGCGCCAUGCUGACCACCUUCAACGAGGUGGACAUGAGCAACAUCACGGAGAUGCGGGCGUUCCACAAGGACGCCUUCCUGAAGAAGCACAACAUCAAGCUGGGCUUCAUGUCCGCCUUCGUCAAGGCCUCGGCCUACGCUCUGGCUGACCAGCCCUCCGUCAACGCAGUCAUCGACGAAGCCACCAAGGAGAUCGUUUACAGGGACUACGUAGACAUCAGCGUAGCUGUGUCCACGCCCAAGGGACUCGUGGUGCCAGUGAUCCGCAACGUGGAGACCAUGAACUUUGCUGACAUCGAGAAAACCAUUAAUGCCCUGGGAGAAAAGGCGCGCAGUAACCAGCUGGCCGUGGAGGACAUGGACGGGGGCACCUUCACCAUCAGCAACGGGGGCGUGUUCGGCUCCAUGUUCGGGACGCCCAUCAUCAACCCCCCGCAGUCGGCCAUCCUGGGCAUGCACGGCAUCUUCCAGCGGCCCGUCGCCAUCAACGGAAAGGUUGAGAUCCGCCCCAUGAUGUACGUGGCGCUGACCUACGACCACCGGCUGGUGGACGGGCGUGAGGCCGUCACCUUCCUGCGCAAGAUCAAGGCCGUGGUGGAGGACCCGAGAGUCGUUCUGCUGGACAUGUGAUCUCUCUCUCCCUCAAGCCACUCUGCAGGGCUCUCUCUCUCUCUCUCUCUCUCUCUCUCUCUCUCUCUCUGCAGGGCUCUCUCUCUCACCACUCUCUCUUUCAAUACUCACUCGCCCGAUAUGAACAUCGACCCUCCAAAGAAAUCGCACAUCUCCGAAGGCCGACAUUUCCGUACGCACAGUCCACGUUGACGAGGUUGAUCGUGGAAGAGAUGGAAGACGCUGCCAAAACCGACGCAUCGUUCUGCUUAGAGGGGCCCUCCUCUGAACGAUUUGUAAACUUCUGUUUAUACAUUAUAGGAGUCAUACUAGUUUUCUUAAAGAUGGUGAUAUAUAUAAAUAGUUGUUAUUUUGCUGCCGGUGCUCACUUAUAACGCACAUUAUAUCGACGUUAAAUACUACGCACACUUUUUAUGUAAUGGCCGACCGUUCCGCUCAGGUCUUUACCUGGAUGUUCUUCCUCUGUAUGAUGAGGAGGAAGUGUUGUUACAGCCAUGGUUUGCUUGUCUCCAUGGGUCUGUGUACGUUCGCGUUGUGGCCACCUCUUCAGUUUUUGUCGGAGCAGCUCAUUGGGGAAAUAAGGACAACAUCGUUGGUGGCCCUUAGACUCCAUACCUUUUCUUUAGAACCUGGCAACGCACAUCCCAGUUAUUACAGACCCAUACUAGCUUUAGAGAGACCGCUUUUAAAUGGAUUAUAGUUAUCAGUAUUUAGCGUUCUGUUUUUGUUUGGCGACAAACCAAGUUAAAUGAGAUGUCCAAGAUCGAAAGAGUACAAGCAAACGGUAGAAAGACCUCCGAUUCAUCAGCAGAGAACCUGCAGUGUCCAGCGACCACAGAGUGCAGUCUUUACCAUGAGCUGUGUUUUGUGUUUCAAGAUCGAUUCAAAGACGCACAAUUUCUCAACGUGUUUUUGUUGUUCACUCUCAAUGCCUGGGAAUCAGGGCUUCCUUGUUCUCUGCGAACUCAAUUGCUUGUGUCUAUUUAAAAAAAAGCCCCAUUUUAAACCACAUUAAACAUCCCUACGGUUUACGUAAAAACAC